AUGGAGGCCUUUGGCUCCGACAGUGGAGGAGCAGGGGACAAGGCGCGGGGUGCCGAGGGGCGGCCGGCGCCCGAGGCCAGGGUGCACUUCCGAGUGACGCGGUUCAUCAUGGAGGCAGGUGUCAAGCUAGGGAUGCAGUCCAUUGCCGUUGCCACUGCUUGCACCAUUUACCAUAAGUUCUUCUGCGAGAUCAACCUGGACGCCUAUGACCCCUACUUGGUCGCCAUGUCUGCCCUUUACUUGGCCGGCAAAGUGGAGGAACAGCACCUGCGCACUCGUGACAUCAUCAACGUGUCCAACAGGUACUUUCACCCGGGCAGUGAACCCUUGGAGCUGGACUCCCGCUUCUGGGCCCUGCGGGACAGUAUAGUGCAGUGUGAACUCCUCAUGCUGAGAGUCCUGCGUUUCCAAGUCUCCUUCCAGCACCCACACAAGUACCUGCUCCACUACCUGGUUUCCCUCAAGAACUGGCUGAAUCGUUACAGCUGGCAGCGGACCCCCAUUUCCGUCACUGCCUGGGCCCUGCUGCGGGACAGCUACCAUGGGGGGCUGUGCCUCCGGUUCCGGGCUCAGCACAUAGCCGUGGCAGUGCUCCACCUGGCCCUGCAGGCCUACGGGGUCGAGGUGCCCGCCGAGGCCGAGGCCGAGAAGCCGUGGUGGCAGGUGUUUAGUGACGACCUUACCAAGCCAAUCAUUGAUAACAUUGUGUCUGAUCUCAUUCAGAUUUAUACCAUGGACACAGAGAUCCCCUAAGGCCCUGGUCCAGGCCUGCCCAAAGAGAAGCCCGGGAUGCUCGGCCGCCUGGGGACAGCGCCACCACAUCGCCGUGACAGCUGGUCCCCAGAGGACCAGCUGCGAGGACUGGUUUUGUGCUUCUGGAGACAGGCUGGUGAAGGCGAUGACAUAUGCUGCCACUUUGAUUCUCAUGCUUUGACUGUCCCUAGC